AUGUGCACGUUAGAGAAACAGGGGAAUUUGUUCAUUCUAACACUUAUCGGCGACGAUGAGCACAGGCUAAAUCCCUCUCUUAUUGACUCAAUCAGAGCCGCUCUCGAACGGAUAACGGCGGAAGCAACUGGUAGCUCUGUUUUAAUCACUACCGGUCAAGGCAAAUUCUUCUCUAAUGGCUACGAUCUCGAUUUGGCCUCGUCCAAUCCAUCCAGCUUAAAGUUAAUGGACUCCAAGCUCAAAUCACUCAUUUUUUACCUUUUCAACCUUCCGAUGCCGACGAUCGCAGUUGUCACCGGGCACGCUUCAGCUGCCGGAUUCGUACUGGCGAUGAGUCAUGAUUACGUCCUAAUGCAAAAGGAUCGUGGAUUUCUCUACAUGAGUGAAAUUGACAUCGGACUAAAAAUUCUGAAUUGGUUUGUGACUUUAGUGAAGAACAAAGUGAACUCGCCGGUAGCUUGGCGUGAUGUGGUUAUGAGAGGUACAAAAUUGACUGCUGACAUGGCAAUCGAGCAGGGUAUUGUCGACUCCGCGCACCACGGUGCAGCGGAGAUGAUGAAGGAGGCUAUAAAGCUUGGGGAGGUGUUAAUGGCGAGGAAAUGGAAUGGGAAAGUUUACGCACAUAACAGGAGGCUUGUGUUUUCAGAUGUUUUGGCUGCACUAAACAAUGAAAUUGUAGCUAGAUUGUAA